GCCUGGCUGGUGAAACCGUCAUGGCGCCGUCCAGGGACAGCAACGUGAAAAGAGGCGAUACAGGCGAAAACAGUCAGAUUUCUUAUAAGAAAGCUAUAAAUGCCAAAUCAGAGCGUGUACUUCAAAACAGAAAACAUGCAAACGACAUAUUCGACGUCAUUGAAUAUUUGCAGUCGGAUAAAGAAAAAGAAAUCAUUUACGCCACCAAUGCCUGCGGUAAGAUCUUCUGUGAGUUGUUUGAGAGAGGAGAGCUGUAUGUCGGUCAGCUGCCUAAAGAAGAUGAGAUCGUGCAGGGUGAUCGCAGUGCCGAAGAAAAGUAUCAUAUAUUUAUGAGACACCGGUACAAUAAUUGUGUGGAACUUCUGCUGGAGAACAUAGCCCACAAUGUUUUCCAAGUGAAGGAGAGUUCCCUUUGCGCAGUAAUGAAAUUUGUAUCAGCAGAGGGCAAACAUCCCCUUCAGAACCUGGACUGGAGUGAACAUUACAGCUUUCCCAGAGAGCUCAUACUGGCUCUGGUGGAGCACCUUGUCUCAGACAAAGAGGACAUGUCCCUGCUCAUCUCCAGAUUUCAGGAGUUUCUGGAGAUGGAUGAUGUGCGCUAUUACUUCAUGAGUUCUGUGCGAGACAACAUAACCAGAGUUAUGGAGCGAAACAAGGGGAAUGUGAUGUCUGUAUAUCAGAACAAUGUUUUCACACUUCUCUCAUCCAUCAACAUCCCCAGUCAAGCAUCAGAAAUGACCAACUUCCUUGUCAAACAAGAGUCAAAACACGAGGAUUGGAAAGCAGCCAGAUUAAAGGAACACAAGAGAGCCUAUGAACAAAUGUGGCUGGUGUUUCUUAAGUACAAGUUACCAGGCAGUCUGUACAAGAAAAUCCUGGUUAUCCUGCAUGAAUCUAUAAUGCCACAGAUGAGUGAUCCCACACUGAUGAUUGACUUCCUGUCCGCUGCCUAUGACAUUGGUGGAGCGAUCAGUUUGUUGGCUCUGAAUGGCUUAUUUGUCCUUAUACAUAAGCACAAUUUAGAUUAUCCAGAUUUUUAUAAGAAGUUAUACAAUCUACUGGAGCCCACAAUUUUCCAUGCUAAAUACCGAGCACGCUUUUUCCACCUGGCCAACAUCUUCCUUUCUUCAACACAUUUGCCGGUUUAUCUCGUGGCAGCGUUUGUGAAGCGACUGGCUCGUCUUGCCCUCACGGCGCCACCCACAGCUCUGCUCAUCGUACUGCCUUUCAUCUGUAAUCUCAUUCGCCGACAUCCCUCCUGCCGAGUCAUCAUUCACAGGCCGAGUGCAGCGGAAGAGCCAUGUGAUGACCCGUAUGUGAUGGAGGAAGAGGAUCCAGCAAAGUGUCAUGCUCUGGAGAGCAGCCUAUGGGAGAUCAAGACGCUGCAGAAGCAUUACCAUCCAGAUGUGGCCAAGGCUGCCAAGUUAAUAAAUGAUCCACUGUCCGAAUCAGAGAAUGACAUCAGCAAACAGCUGGACCUGUCUACCUUUGAGCUGAUGCAGCGAGAUAUGAAGGCCGAACGGAAGACCAUACCACUAGAGUUUGAUACGGCCACGGAGCUCCUGAAGAGUUCAAAGGAAGUCCUCGGUGCGCACUUUUCUCUUGAGUGACCAACUUUUAUUGGCAGAUGAUCAGUUUUUUAGUCCGUUUCAUUUUUAUUAUAUAAAAGAUAUCUGUGCAUGGGUUGUAGCAUUGAGUUUGCCUUUCUGAAGAAAAUAAACAUUGUUUGG